AUGGAUUUCUCAGACACUAUUGAAGACAUAGUACAUGAAAUGUGUGUGGACGUAACUAGAGACGCUUUUGCAGAAAUAGCUAGAGAGGAUACCAAGGAUGAGGACAAGGAGUCUUCCAGUGUACAGCUGUUUGUUUUGGGUCGCAGGAAGCUACCAGUGCUGAUGCCAUGCCAUGCCAUGGCCAACAGGACUGAAAUGUUAACUCCAAAGUGGAGACAAUACCUUACCACACCUAGGACAUGUAAAACAGACUAUGAUUUGUCAAUUCUACACAUGCGUGAUGUGUCAUUGACUAAGAACUGGAAAGACUGUUCACCUGAAAUGGAGGACCAAGAGCUCCGUCAGAAACACAAAGAACGUGUAAAUUUAUGGAGAACUCUCUUUACCAACAAAAAAAAUGAGACGUAUCAUCCAUGUGUGUUCAGAUACAAAGCCACCAAAUCUUUGUUGGAUUUCCUCUACCCAAACAAGAAAAUUAAUUUGGAGAACACGUUUGAGGUUAUAGACCUAAAGGACAUCAUUCCAAAGAUUGUCAUUGACUACUGUGGUGAUAUUUCUGAGGCAGAAGUAGCAGACAAGGAAAUGUCUUGCAAGUCACUUACAGGCAGCAAAAGGGAGCUGGGAACCUGGGACAAAUUUCUGUGCUGCUUCCGGACAGUCUAA